GCAUAUUCCUCUCUCUUUUUCACCUCUCUAGUAGUCACUUGUUGCUGUUGGGCUGGUGUGCUGUCUCUCACGCCUUUUGUUGGGAAAGAGCAACAGUGAGAGGUGGUGACAAAAGCGAGAGCGCGCUUGGCACAGCACAAAGGGUCUUCAAGAAGGGCAAGCUUGUCCACCAGAUCCAGAGCUCGCGUGCCCAAUUCCCAGGUACGCUGGGGCUUAGGUCAUCCGGAUCAGGAGAGCAGCAUGCGUUGCCGAGGCCACAUUGCAUGCACUGUCGCAACCAAAUACGAAUCUGGUGGCUCAACAAGACAAAGGGGCAGCCAAAUGCAGGUAGCAGCAGCACUAGAGCAUAGAUAGAGAGCUGGGGUUUGUAGCGCUUCUCGAUUCCCACUCCCCGAAUUCCAUCUUGUCCCAGUGUCUUCAUGGCCAACAUACCAGUAACCAACUUCCCCUCUCAUCAGCUCAGCAAUGGCCUCUACGUCUCAGGUCGUCCCGACCAGCACAAGGAGAAGGCCCCAACCAUGACGUCCUCGGCAAUGCCGUACACUGGAGGCGAUGUCAAAAAAUCUGGCGAGCUCGGCAAAAUGUUUGACAUUGCUGUCGAGGCCUCCAAAUCCAAAAAAUCUGGCCCGAUAGCCUCCGGUGGAUCGUUCCGGGGGAGCAGCACCGCUACUGGCGGCACCCCUACAGGGCCUCCCAGAUCUGCAUUCUCCACCUCCGGCCCGCUCAAUUCCGCUGGCAUGCCCAGGCAAAACUCUCAAAAGUCCAACUCGGGUCCUCUCACCGGCGGCACCGGCUCCAGAUCCGGCAACCUGUCGUCCACGCCUAACCUCAAGACCUCGGGUCCCAUCCCCAACCCUCUGAAAACAUCCGGCCCGAUCAAUCUUCCCGCCACAGGCCUCAUCACGUCCACUGGCGCUCCACGAAAGGUGUCGGGGCCCCUUGGAGGAGACGCUGGUGCAUCCUUCAAGUUGGCAGCAAAUACUGGCAGCCAGGCCGUCAACAACCUCAGCCACGACAAGCACUACUCGUACAGCAAGAACAUCCCCAGGGCCAUCCUGUGGACCGUCAUUCCACUCUUUGUCAUGGGAUUCAUCGCUGGAGCUUUCAUCCUCGCGGCUGUCAAGAACCCGGUCCUGCUUAUUAUCAUAACCUGCCUCUUCGUGGCAGUGCUGCUCCUGCUGCUGUGGAACACCCUGUGGGGUAAAAAGGCCGUUCUUUCCUUUGCAGACAAGCAUCCAGACGCGCAGCUCGCAACCGCAAAAGACGGCCAGUACGUCAAAGUCACAGGAGUGGUCACCUGCGGAAGUGUUCACCUCGAGUCUCCAUUUCAGAAGGUCAACCGUUGCAUCUACACGUCUGCGAGCCUUCACGAGUACAGAGCGUGGCACUCCAAGCCUGCCAACGACAAGCACCAGCGUUUCACCUGGGGAUUGCGCCACCUCGAGAGACACAUUGUCGACUUCUACAUCUCCGACUUCAACUCCGGGUUUAGAGCCUUGGUGAAAGCCGGCUACAGUGCGCGCGUGUCGCCAUACGUGGAGGAGAGCAAGAUUGUCGAGGUACCAGCGGGGAACCACAGCGUGCCAUCCGACUUCACACAAUGGCUCACGGAGCGCAACUUGUCGAGGGACGACCGGAGGAUGCGAUUGACCGAGGGAUAUAUCAAGGAGGGUAGCAGUGUGACGGUGAUGGGGGUGGUACAGCGGAACGACAACGUUGUCAUGAUAAUCCCACCCCCGGAUGCGGUGUCCACGGGGUGCCAAUGGCCUCGUCUUCUACUCCCCGUAACCCUCGAAGGCAUUGUCGUGACAAGCCAAGAGACGAGUUUCAAAGUGGAUGUUGCCUAGUGUUGGACUGCCUCUCGUCUCGUCUCAUCUCGUCUCCUACACACGAAAGAACAUGUUUGGUGUAUAUAGACAAAACCAUAGCUUGAAGAUAACCAUACGUUUUCUUUUUC